CCAUCUACCGCUCUCUCACUCUCCGUCUCCCUCCUAUCCCUUCCCCUGUCGCACAAAGCCAGUCGCGACCCAACUCAGGUUGACAUAACGGUGCGAUCCGGGAACGAUGCCGGCGGUGGGAGCGGUAGCUAUCGGCUUCUUCUUCAUGCUUGUGGCCGCUGUGCCGCCGGCAUGUCGUUCGGAGCUGGUGACGCUGGUGGAGGAGCCCGUCCGAGCCGAAUCGCCUCUCCUGAAGCCCAAAGUUAUGAUCGCCAUACUGGCUCGCAACGCCGCGCACAGUUUGCCCUACUACCUGGGCUGCAUCGAUAGGCUGGAGUACCCGAAGGACCGGAUCGCGAUAUGGGCGGCCACAGAUCACAGUCUAGACAACACCACUGCCAUGCUGCGGGAGUGGCUGAGGAGAGUGCAGACUCAGUACCAUUACGUGGAGUGGAGACCCAUGGAGGAGCCACGAUCCUAUACAGAUGAGUGGGGACCUAAGCACUGGCCCCCGUCUCGCUUCCAACAUGUGAUGAAACUCAGACAAGCUGCCCUCAGGGUGGCGCGAGAACGCUGGGCAGAUUACCUCCUGUUUGUGGACAGUGAUAACCUCCUGACUAACCCGAAGGUGCUGGAGUUGAUGAUAGCUGAGAACAGGACUCUAGUGGCCCCCAUGCUGGACUCCCGAGCCCUCUACUCCAACUUCUGGUGUGGCAUGACACCUCAGGGCUACUACAAGCGCACGCCUGACUACCAGCCCAUCCGGGAGUGGAAGCGUAUGGGCUGCUACGCGGUGCCCAUGGUGCACUCCACCUUCCUGCUGGACCUGAGGCGGAGCUCCACGCAGGAGCUGGCCUUCUACCCGCCCCACCCGGACUACUCCUGGGCCUACGACGACGUCAUGGUCUUCGCCUUCUCCGCACGACAGGCAGGUAUCCAGAUGCAUAUCUGCAACAGGGUUCACUAUGGGUUCCUCCCCCUGCCCUGCAAGCCACAGCAGAGCAUACAGGAUGAGGACGACAGCUUCACACACAUCCUCACUGAGGCCAUGAUUGACCACAAUGCCAGCCCCUCUGAGUACCUGUACAAGAGUGAAACACCGCGGGACAAGAUGGGCUUUGACGAGAUCUAUCUGAUCAAUCUGAAGAGGCGUGUGGAUCGUCGGCAGCGGAUGCUGAACUCUCUGUCUGUGCUGGGUCUGGAGGCCACCCUCACUGACGCCGUGGACGGAAAGGCUCUGAACACGUCUCAGCUGCAGGCGUUGGGUAUUGAGAUGUUGCCUGGCUAUAAGGACCCGUACUCGGGUCGUGUGCUGACCAGAGGGGAGAUCGGCUGCUUCCUCAGCCACCACGCCACCUGGAUUAAGAUGAUGGAGCAGGGGAUGGAGAAGAUCCUGGUGCUGGAGGACGAUGUUCGCUUCCAGCCCAAGUUCAAGAAGACGCUGCAGAACAUCAUGGACGGCAUCGACAAAGCCCAGCUGGACUGGGACCUCAUAUACGUGGGCCGUAAGCGCAUGCAGGUGCAGGAGCCGGAGGUGCCUGUGGAGCGCGUGGAGAACCUUGUGGAGGCCGACUACUCCUACUGGACACUGGGCUACGCCCUCUCAGCCCAGGGGGCACGUAAGCUGCUGGGGGCCAACCCCUUCCCCAAGAUGCUGCCCGUGGAUGAGUUCCUGCCCAUCAUGUUCGACAAGCACCCCAAUACGGACUACAUGUCUUAUUUCGAGAAGCGUGACCUGCGUGCCUUCUCUGUGGAGCCGCUGCUUCUCUACCCUACGCACUACACGGGGGAGCCGGGCUACGUGAGCGACACCGAGACCUCCACCAUCUGGGACGACGAGAAGGUGGCCACCGACUGGGACCGGCAGUACGCCCCCCAGAAGAGGCCGGCCGACCAGCAGCAGGGGCCCGCCACGCAGCACCUCGUGGCUGGGGACACGCCGGCCCCCGCAGCCCCCUCUGCUGGAGCUCCCCACUCCACCAGCCGAGACGAGCUCUGAGAGACUCA